UUUAAUUGAUAAUCAGAUUCAUUUGGAGAGAUUAGAAGAAGAACCGGUGAAAAAAAGAGAAGUAAAGAAGUAACUACUCAAGUUAAGAUGGCAGAUCACUCCCAAAGCAUGAGCUACAAUGCUGGUGAGGCCAAGGGCCAGGCCGAGGUAAAGAAGGAUCAAAUGGUGGACAAGGCAUCCGGGGCUAUGCAAUCUGCAAAGGAAUCAUGCCAACUGGCCGGCCAGCAGAUGAAGGAGAAGGCACAAGGAGCUGCUGAGACUGUGAAAGAAGCAACUGGAAUGAAGAAAUGAACUUACUUAAAUUGAUCGAUGGAACAAUCAGUUGUCAUGUUUUUUGUCUGCUAGUAUAUUCAGUCUUGUUAGAUUGCUCUAAGGCUAAAAUUUUGAUUGAGUUUAUUAUGUUGCCAAAAAGAAGAAAGUUUCUUUUCUUAUUUCAUGCCUGUCGGACAACGUGACUAGAGAAAAAUGGAAUCAGGAGAAAUC